AUGGAAAAUUGGGAUAAGAAAGCGAGGUCGGAAGCUCAGCGUCUUCAGAGUAUCCAAGAUAGAAUUGAUCUUGAAAGGAAAAAGAAAGAUGCUAUCCGGCUCUCGCUGCAUGACGUGGACAGUCAUGAAAAAUCAAAUAAGAGAAUAACUUUCAAUGACAGUGAUUCUGAUGAUAAUAAUACUGAGAUUCUACCUAGUACAUCGAAUGAAGCCGAAGAAGAAGUAACAAAGGACAAGAGUUCUAAAGCAAGUUCUAACAGAAUGCAACUUUUCGACGAUGAUGAUGAGCAAGUAAUGGAUGAUAUCGUUUUUGAGAACAAGCAUAAAGGAAAAAAAGGAGAGAAACUAAUGAAAAUGGAAGCUCAAUUUGUAACCGAUGACCGUUUUAAAAUGGGCACCAAUUUCCUUAGCGAGAGUGAAGAAUCCGAGAAUGAAAUGGAAGUGGAGAAAAGGAAGAAUCGUGAUCUGUUGUCUAAAGUUCUGGGAAAAGUUGUUCUCCCGCAACAAAAAACUGUGAACGUAGUUGAUACCAGAGAUUCUGUUCCUCAUAGACCUUUCACAAGGUUUGAUCCGACAAAUGCCGAACAUGUUGCUUGGGUGAAGAAGUAUGGGUCAAAGAUAGCUGAAAAAAAGACUAAGAAGUUGCCAACUGCAAAGGAAGAGAACGAAAAUGAGGAGAAGGACAAUAGGAACCCGAAUAUUGAUAGGACAACAGAAGAAAAGUUUUUCGAAGUUGAUUCACAGUUUUCUGAAGAGUUGAAAGCAAAACUUCAAAAAGAGCAGGGCACUGACUCCAAGGAAGAAAGUUUCUCUUUUCUUGCUUCGGUUGGAAGACCUGCUUCCGAGAAAGAACAAGCGGAACCUCUGAAGGAAAUCGCAGAUGUUACUCUUUCCUUGCCAACACCCAAGACUAAAACCCUAACUUUAACAAAAGGCGGUGUUAAUUUCUUCAUCAGCUCCAAGGAUUCACAAGUGAUAAGUGUUAUAUCAAACUUUAGAAGAACCCAAUCAGAAGCAAAGACAUUGGGUGGAUGGACAAACUAUCGCAAUUCUAUAAUGAAGAUAUAUCAUCAUCAAAGAAAGUUAGCGCUGAAAGCAAAGCACAGAAAUCCUAAAACUCCUAUGGCCAAUAGGAAGAGAAAGGCUGAAGAUAAAAAGACCGAGGAGAUGUCUUUUGAUUCAAUGUUCAAAGAUGUGGUUCAACUCCGAAAACCAACCUACUAUGAUUUACUAGGUUGUGAUGAAUCCUCUUCGGCUGAACAAAUAACAGCUGAAUAUAGAUCUAAAGUGCGAAGUCUUCAUCCAGAUAAAGCAAGAAAUGUUGAAGGUCAUGACGACUUCACCCGAUUCCAAGCUGCUUACUCUGUCUUGAAUGAUACAAAAAGACGAAAACUGUACGACUCCUGGCUUUCCUGUCCUAUCCAAAUGAAUUUCGAAAGCUUUGAACAGAACAGUGAUUCAAUCCGUCAAUCGAUGCACUGGGUAACGCCUAAGACUGUUCCCAUGAUACCUGCAAACGAGGAUAAUAGCGAAACUGUUUCGCGCUGGACUGAUCGUUAUAAAUCUGAAGUCACGGAAAGAUUUCGCUCAUAUCAGAUAUGA